CCAGGAAAUCCUGCUCGUCCGUGCGCCGCUUCUCUUUUGCGCGCGCCUUCUUUUCACUCCUUUCGGAAGUUUCUGGCGGCGCCGGGAGGAUGCUGGAGAGCGGCUGCAAGCCGGUGAAGGAGGGCGUGCUGGAGAAACGCAGCGAUGGCUUGCUGCAGCUGUGGAAGAGGAAGCGCUGCAUCCUCACCGAGGAAGGGCUUCUGCUCAUCCCGCCCAAGCAGGAGCCGGCGGCGGCGGCUUCUCCCGCCAGCGGAGAGACGGCGGUGGCCGCCGCCAAGAUCAAGCAGUUGCCCUUCUCCACCAUGAAGACGGUGGACUGCGUGGAACGGAAGGGCAAGUACAUGUAUUUCACGGUGGUGAUGGCCGAAGGGAAGGAGAUCGACUUUCGGUGCCCGCAGGAGCAAGGCUGGAACGCCGAGAUCACGCUGCAGCUGGUGCAGUACAAAAACCGGCAGGCCAUCCUGGCGGUCAAGUCGACCCGGCAGAAGCAGCAGCACCUCGUCCAGCAGCACGGGCCCCGCCUCCGGAGCGCCUCCAACUCCGCCUGGGGGGGCGCCCCCGACAGAUUGAAUUCAAGAGGCGCUUCCGGAAGUAAGAGGAACGGUGAUCAAAGCUUGGCAAAGGAGGAUGAGUACAAGGGAGAACAUCAGUUCAGCCCCUGGAUUUUGUCCAGUUUUGACACCAUCUGUGAUUGCUUUAGGGAAGCACUUCAGCUGUUCUAAGUUUGGGCUAUUGCUUAAACUUACAAAAAGCAUAUUUGACCUCAGAGGACAGAAGUCGCACUGUCAUUUUUUUAUUCCAAUCUGUUUUAUUUGUAUGUUUAUUUAUUAGUGGGGGUUUUAAGUUUUCAAGUUACUUCUGAAUGUAGAUCUUUUGAGAGACAAUGAAGUGCAGAACAAACUUGCUUUGGUGAAUUAUGUAUGCUGCUGUAGAAGGAGGAAGAAAUUGAAGAAAGAGGAAAACGGAAAAAUGAAGUAGUUUACCAGGAUACAAACUUUUCAUAUUGCUUUCACAUACUGCUUUACAACAGUUUUCAUCUCAAAAAGUGAAAGGCUAUUAUGAAAUGAAUGUACGAAAUGUAUCUUGCUAUGUUGAAGUAUUGUACCAAUAUCCUAAUGAAUGAGAACACCCUCUCCAAAGAAAGCAGUGGCUUUGAAUUAAAAUUCUGGAUUGUUUUAUUGUUUAUUCAACAUUCAUUUGACAGGUGGUAUUAUAUUUGUAUUCAGUAGCAAUCGAUCAUAUCAGAUUUUGUAUCCUUACUUCACAAACAGGAAAUCUUAGUUGACUGGCUCUCAAGGAGUACAAUAAUAAAAAAAGUUAUGUUCUUUUUUACCUGGGAUUUGUUGGAAGAACCAUACUAAAGACGAUUCCUUGCACUUCUUUGUUUAGAUCUGGUCCUUGCCCAUAAUGUUUCUUACUCUGGUUUUACUUGACUUUGUUUAUGUUUUUUUGAAACCUUUUCAAACUCCGUAUCAAAUUACUCUAUAUAGAAUGUCGUAAAGUACUUAAGAAAUAUUGGUAAAAUUACCCAAUUAUCAUUAGGUUUUUUAGGUAAUGUCCUACACAAUAUUUUCCAUACUCCUAAAAUCAAAAUUCUUUCUUCUGACAACAGUGAUUUAAAUAAAUACACACAUUAUAAAGUCUCAUAGAACAUUUAAACUAUGUAACAAUUACUUUUUUGUCAGCUUAAUUAGAUAUUCUGCUCUUGUGUUAUUUGGAGUCUUAAUAUAACAAGAUUUCUAAAACCCAUUUUAGAAUCAAAGCUCUUGAUCUAUUCAUCUACAAUAUAAAAUUCCCUAAUUAUUAAUUUGAUAUGGUAAUAUAUGCUAUGCUUUUUAAUCUAGAUAUUCUGUUUUGAAGGAUGUGUAAUCUUCCAAAUCAAUCUAGUUUUGCAUGAAAUAAAAUUCAUUAUGUUCCAAUUAAAGUCAAAUUAGACACAGCACAGUGCAUCUUGAAAUAUUAAAUAUUUGAAUGCAGUUCUAUACAUUCUUAUCCUGACAAGUUACGGAAGGUCUUUGUAAGAUUUCAGUUCUUACUCUAGCCAUAUGAAAAUGUCUAAGUAUCAACUUGGCUCCCCUGCUUCUCAGGUUGAGAGAAGAGCUGAUGGGCAAUUUAAGAAGUCCAACUGUACAAAAUUACCAGCUAUGAGAACUGCAACUAUAGCCAUCCUGGUAUAAGUGCAGUCUCAUAUCUGGGACAAAUGUGACCAAAUUAUGACAAGGGACUGUCAUAAGUAGAUAUUUGAGCACUUAUAUUUAGGACUCUCAGACAGGAUGAAGGGCAAGAGCAUUUCUGGCUUCCUUCUGUUUUAUCAAUGAAAGAAUACCUUUUUCCAUUCCUGAGCAGUUUCAUGUUCUAGAAUGAGAAUUUGGACUAAAUAUUAAAUAAUAUACUGAGUGUAUUGUGAUUGGUUCAACACUUGUACUUCAACACUGAAGUAUACAAAAAAAGGUAGAAGGGUUGGUUCUAUCUCCAACUUCUUGAUUUUUUACAACUCAGAGGAAAAACUUGAUAUCAGGUGAUAUUUGAUAAUGGGGGAUAUUUACUGAAGCAAUAGCAACUUACCAUGCAUAAUCCUCAGCAAGUCUGCAGUAUUUUACUUCUCAGACUGAAGUGGCCACUGGAGUAAUUCAGCAUACCGCCUAAUGCUUAGAAAUGCCUUAUAGUGUACAUUGGUUAUUAAAAUAGAGGCUUGUUCUAGAUGUUGCAAUUGUGACAAACAGUAGAUUUAAUUUGCAAUCUUAUAACACUUUGAAAACAAAGGAAGUUAACUUCUGGUCUCUCCACAUUUUGAAAAUAUUCCAUAAGAAGUACUUGGACCUUGUGUGAGCACAACAUCUCUCUGCUGUUCAUUAAAGUAGCUUGAUUUUUUUCAUGUCACUGUGCUGAUGCUGCUAACCUAAUGCUGCUGGUUUAACAGUUGCUUUAAUAAGUCAACUUAAAUCAGCAGCAUCUUUUUUCAGUUUUACAUGGAAGUCUAAAAAAAUAUGUGGCUGCUUUAAUUAGUAGCAAAGAGGUGCUGAAGCAGUUCUUCCGAAUCAUUCUCAAAGCAUGCAUAGCCCUUGUAAACAUGUACAGAAUUACAUUUUUAAGCUAAAAUCUGAUGCUAUGAGGAAAUAUUUUAUAUUUCAUGCAUCCCCAACCGGAUGGUUCACAGAUUUGUUGGAAGAAUAUGGUUAUGGGAAUUUUAAAAGCUGGAGCCUUGAUACAUCUGAAAGAUAAAGACACAACAUUAGGGAAAAUCAACUAUACUUACAUAUCUGGAAGCUAGCCCUACUGGACUCUAUGGAGCUUACAUCUGGGUUGACCCAUGUAAAGUAAAAUUGCCCUUGAGUCAAAGUGAUGAUUACAUGGAUAUGCACAUGUACUUUGUUGGCCAAACUGGUUUGCCACUGCCUUUUUGCAGAAUAUUUCCAGUCUAGUCUUCAGCCCUGUAAAUUCCAUGCCAGAAUCUCACCCAAAGACUAGUAUGUUCUACCCACUUACCUUCCAUGUCCUGAAAAGGUAACCAGAUGCUGCCAUAUCUUGUGGCACUAAUAUAAAUAGUAUCAUGUUUAACACUCCUUUUAUAUAUGCCCCUGAUUCAGAAUUUAGAAAAGAAGCUAUGGUGAAUUAGUAACAGUGGGUGGUUUGCACAUAUGCAUUUAUGUAUUUUUACCCGUUCUCUAUGGUGCUCACCUGACACUCUAUAUAAUAUUCUAGUGAAAAUUAGCUUUAUACUGAUGUUGCAAACAAAUGGGUGAAAAAUAAUAUUCUGUUUCAUACAUUUGCUUUUCAAGAAUACAAAUGACAAGGUAUUUUAAGUUUCUGGCAGAAAGGAAAUCGUCCCAUGUUUUCUAUGUUAUGUCCUGAAAAAAAAAUCUGUUAAUUAAAAAAAAACUCAGUUGCAAAUACUGGCUUUUGCAGAUUAGUUGCAGUGAUGUGAUUUCUGGCAUUGUGAGCUGAAACAACAUAAUCAAACCAAUGUAUAUAAAUAAGAUUCAGACCAAUGUAUGUAAAUACAGUUCAAAUGAUUUUGGAAAAAUGUGAUUUAUUUUUCAAUAUAGAUUCCAUUUCAGAUAAAGAAGCACCUAUUGGAAUGUUUAGCUAUGAUGCAAAAUAUGAAAUCUAUGAGGUAUACUAAAACUUGGUUUUGGAUUAGGAAUAAACUGCUGUAAAUCUCAUUAUGUUCAACAGAA